AUGCUUUCUUCGCUUGUUCAGACCUUGGCUUUCGCCACUUCGGUGGCCGCUCAUGGUUACCUUAGUUCUCCAAUGAGCCGGACGGGUUUGAACGCUCAGGCUGGAGUGGACACUUGCCCCGAGUGCACGAUCCUGGAGCCAGUCACUGCUUGGCCUGAUCUUGACUCUGCCCAAGUGGGUCGAAGUGGGCCGUGUGGAUAUAAUUCCCGAGUCAGUGUAGACUACAAUCAGCCUGGUCCGAAGUGGGGAUCGCAGCCAGUCAUCACAUACAACGCUGGCGAUGUGGUAGAUGUACAGUGGUGUCUCGACCACAAUGGUGACCAUGGAGGCAUGUUCACUUACCGAAUUUGCCAGGACCAGGCCCUGGUGGACAAAUUCCUCGACCCCUCGUACCUACCUACGGACGCAGAGAAGCAGGCUGCUGAAGACUGCUUCACGGCGGGCGAGCUCAAAUGUACCGAUGUUGCCGGCCAGACGUGCGACUACAAUGCCGACUGUACCUCCGACCAAGCGUGCUGGCGUAACGACUGGUUCACUUGCAAAGGGUUCCAGGACACCAAGUGCCAAGGUGUAGACAACGCGCCGCUCAACUCGUGCUACACGAGCAUUGCCGGGGGCUACACUGUCAGCUCGAAGAUCAAGAUUCCGAACUACACUUCCAACCACACGCUACUUUCCUUCAAGUGGAAUUCUUUCCAGACUCCGCAAAUAUACUUGACGUGUGCCGAUAUCGCCAUCGGGGGUUCAGGAGGCUCGAAUCCCGCCCCAAGCUCAAGCUCGACCAAAACGGCUACUGCAACGGCAACGGCAACCAAGACGACCUCAAGUGCAGCCUCGACGGCAACCGGUGGUGCGGUAGCGGUGACCUUCAACGAGAAGGCCACGACAUCCUACGGCCAGACGAUCAAGAUCGCGGGUUCCAUCUCCCAGCUCGGCAGCUGGGACUCGUCGAAGGCCGCAGCGCUAUCGGCUUCUCAGUAUACCUCGUCGAACCCGCUCUGGUCGGCAACCCUUAGCCUGCCGGCAGGUACAAGCUUUGAGUACAAGUUCAUUAAGGUUGAGUCGAGCGGAUCGGUCACGUACGAGUCGGGUGACAAUAGAAAGUACACCGUUCCCACGACCGGCUCGACUGUGACGGUUGAGACCACUUGGAAGUGA